AUGGAAAACCAUUCGGACCUGGACUACAUCUUGCUCUACGAAGAAGGUCUCAGAGUCUUCAGCGAUAUACAUGAUGUUCCUGCUCUUCGAACGGAUCUCUCUAAGAGUAGCCCUGAGCAUGAACCGGGCUACGCAAGAUGGUGCCGGGAUGUCAGACUGCCCGAAUGUGAUCCCGAAAGUCUAGUCAAAGCCUCGCCUACUCGCUUCACCAACCCUUGGAUGGACCGUCAUGCGGAACAGUUGGUUCUCUCGGACAAUUCACGCUUGCCUUUCACGCCUCUAUUUUCAGUCGACAUACAUCCAAGCCGCAAUCACGUUCAAUGCUGGAACUGCAGACAUCCGGUUCUUGGAAGACUCGUUGAUAUCUACUUGACUUGUAUCGCACCACGCGAUUCCAGAAUUGACGCUACAGUCGGGCAGCCGUCUCGACACGUCCUGCUCGACGAACUCUGGCCUCAAGCUCAACAACAUAGAGCUCUCUUAUUUCCGCUCCUACUUGGAGCUCUCUACUACGAAACCUUCACUAGACAACAUCCCCGGGAAUCUCAUCUCAUCACCUAUCUCCGCGACCAUGCUUGCCGAGCCAUCAGCCACCAAAUCGAAAUGUACGGCAACAACGACUGGAUAGCACUUACUGCCGUCAGUACUUUGGCAGCAUUCGAAGUCGAGUAUGGUGAUCUCAAUGUUGCAUGGAUUCUCCUUGAGCGUAUAAAAAAGGUGACCGGUAUGGACAACGUACCGCCACUCUCCGAUCAACCGCCUUGUCUGGAUUUAAUGUUGAAGAGAUCCUGUCACGACGGCCUUGUCUUUGCUAGACAUCUCCCUACCUUAUUAUGGGCUGGAGAUCAAGUGUCUUACGCUCAACACAGGUACCAUUAUGGAACUGUACCGCCAAAAUACAGCGAACUUGCGAGUCUAUCCAUCAUGCAGCCCUCGCUACUGAACAUACUGGCCAGAGUACGAGAAUACUUGAGGGCUUCCGAUAACCGACUACAACGCUUUCUGGAGGAAAUCGAGGACUGGCAUGUGAACAAGUUUCGCGUGCUCACUUUCUCACCUGUGCAAGGUUGUUUUGACGAUGAGGUACUCGACACCGCGCACAGACUUCUACACAUGGCGGUCUAUUGUACGGUACUCCGCAAGCACAGUACAUACCACGCGAACAACGAAUCGUUUCGAGCUGGAUCCCCACAGCCGCCCAGCAACGAUCUGAGCAUACUCGAGGAUACAAUAUUUGAACCUAUGUGUCUUUGGGCCUUGCUUGUCAUCUGUACUACGGCUCCAUACAGUCAGUCUCUUCGCAAGGAUUCUCGAAUGGACCAAACGGGCUUCGCCGGUCACGCCGUGGGUCUGCUGCGCAGACUCGGGUACGCCUAUGCCAUCAGCGCGUCAAGGGCAGGGGAGAAGUAUACUUGA